UGUCACUGUGACCCCUUUCGUCAAAGUACUGAGCUAGCUGACAGGCUAUCUUCACCGAAGGACUAAGGUUAUUCUGAUGAAGACAUUUAUCUUGAGAAUGUAGAAACUUUAUUGAGUCAAAUUUGUAUCGAAGAAAAAGUUCUGUGUACCUUGAUGACAUACAUCACACAGGUCUCGGCCUGUGUAUACCAGUAUGAAUGACGUAGUACACACCCUUUCUCCGACGUAUACUGGUACAUUCGGUAAAGCUUGGGAUUGACUUUCACCUUUUAUUGUGAAUUGGAUCAAAUUUUGCACAGCAUCUUCUAUCAAAGGAACAAGAACAAUUGACCUCAACUUCAUUGAAGUGCAAAGGCAGGAUCCGAGACCAUGCCGCCACGACCGAAUGCCUUCCUUCAAUUAUUGUUGCUGGUCUUCUUUGGGCUGUACUGGUUCCUGCUCUGUCUGGCAACAUGCUACAACAUUGUCAGACACAACCAAGAAACAGGUGUGGAUCCUGUAUCUGACAACCCCACAAGGGAUUUCUUUUCACAAGAAAAUGGACAUUUGAUAGAUACUAUCACCCACCAUUUGACACAAAGAUUACGAAGAAACAGGCUGUUACUGGAACUGUGGAGAUUCUUUCUACAGUAUACAUUAUCCCCUGAAAUUGCUUUACAAUUCAUACCAAAUCAGUCUGAGUUUGUCCGAGAAGUCACUGUCUGGAUGUGGAGUCCUCCCGCUGGAGACAGACUUUCAUCCGGUGAGGCAUCCGGGAGGCUUCACAGCAGCUCAGAAAGCAUGUCACCAUGCGGCGCCAGUGUUGAGAAUGAACGUGGUAGAAUGCCAAAUGAACCCGGACAACAGCCUGAAGACAAGAAUCUUCACAGCAGCUCAGAAAGCAUGUCACCAUGCGGCGCCAGUGUUGAGAAUGAACGUGGUAGGAUGCCAAAUGAACCUGGACAACAGCCUGAAGACAAGAAUCUUCACAGCAGCUCAGAAAGCAUGUCACCAUGCGGCGCCAGUGUUGAGAAUGAACGUGGUAGAAUGCCAAAUGAACCCGGACAACAGCCUGAAGACAAGAAUCUUCACAGCAGCUCAGAGAGCAUGUCACUAUGCGGCGCCAGUGUUAGGAAUGAACGUGGUAGAAUGCCAAAUGAACCUGGACAACAGCCUGAAGACAAGAAUCUUCACAGCAGCUCAGAGAGCAUGUCACCAUGCGGCGCCAGUGUUGAGAAUGAACGUGGCAGAAUGCCAAAUGAAACAGAAGCAGGAGCAUCACCAUUCUGUCAUGAUAAUAUUCCCAAACUUCCUAAAUUUUCAGGAAUAGAUCUUGCAGGUUCCCAGAAUAACAUCCACAGGCAUGUAACACAACCUAGUACCGGACAUCACAUAUAUGAUGGUGGUGCGGGAAAUCAGCAGCCUCUCGCAACUCAAGAAGAAUCGGUGUACCCUACAGAUACGAUGGAAAAAGAAAACGGACAAAGACAAGAGAGUCCUCCAACUAUUAUCCUUCAUAGGCGUGAGGAUGAUGAGAUAUCCAUUGCAUUUCAACUAGGCAACAACACUCUGAACACUCUGACUUCAGAAGCAGGACAAACGUGUAUACAGAGAUCUCGCUCUUGUCCAACCAGACUAUCACACUGUACUGAACAGUCACUCAGUAUAAGUAAAAGAAGCAAGAGUGAACAUAGUGUGGAGAAAGCAAAUGGAAAGAGACUGUCUUCAAUUGAGAGAUCAAAUUACUUGACAGCUGGAGAUGGAUCAAACAGUCCAUGUACUUUGAGGGACAGACAGGGACAGAAACACGAGCAAACUGUCAUGACAGGUCUCCGUCCAUAUGACAGAGGUCAGCCACACAAGACUGGGCCAGAGGGCUUCAUCACAAGUCCAGCUGACAGACAAGGACAGAACCAUGAGCAAACUGUCAUGACAGGUCUCCGUCCAUAUGACAGAGGUCAGCCACACAAGACUGGGCCAGAGGGCUUCAUCACAAGUCCAGCUGACAGACAAGGACAGAACCAUGAGCAAACUGUCAUGACAGGUCUCCGUCCAUAUGACAGAGGUCAGCCACACAAGACUGGGCCAGAGGGCUUCAUCACAAGUCCAGCUGACAGACAAGGACAGAACCAUGAGCAAACUGUCAUGACAGGUCUCCGUCCAUAUGACAGAGGUCAGCCACACAAGACUGGGCCAGAGGGCUUCAUCACAAGUCCAGCUGACAGACAAGGACAGAACCAUGAGAAAACUGUCACGACAGGUCUCCGUCCAUAUGACAGAGGUCAGCCACAGAAGACUGGGCCAGAGGGCUCAUUGAAACAUAAACCAGCAAGCAGUCACGUCAUGAACACACGCUUGACAGAAGAAAUGUCAGACUGCUGGAAGAAGGAAACUGCCAAGUCCUGUGCAGCAGUAUUCAGACCAGAGCAGCAGGGUAUGACUUUGGAACAGAAUCACAGUCUGGUCACUGAUGAUGCCGAAACCCAACAGCAUAAUCAAAAUGCAACUACCACUGGUCAUUUCGGGAACCAGAAACCCCGGGCAUACAACAGAAAACAUUCAAAAGACCGAACAGAUUCCCAGGAAGAAGAUACGGCUCCUGCUGAAGAUCAGGAUACACGGCCAACCAAGAACUAACCAGGGACAUUCAGGAUGGGGAACCGAGACAACUCCUUACAUCGGAUGUGAAGACAAUAAAUGUAAAAUUGUAAAAGUAAAGUUGGAUUUGGAAAGUUUCAUAUCACCAGUGAAUGAACAAUUUGCACUCUGGUAUUUUAUGCAUGCAAAUAAUUUGUGAAGACAAAGACAAAAAUCGUAAUUUGGGUGAGGACAAGCAUCAUAAUUGUAAUUAUUACGCCAGAAUUGUGAUGGUUUGCAUCUCUGUCUGGUUAAUAUUUAAAAUACGUAAUCGCUGCAAUAAGUGCCCUGGGUUCAUACAAAAUUGACAAAUGGAGGAAACUAGUUACAAGGCAAUUAUACAGCCCUUCUACGUUGUUGUUUUCAUAAGAUAUGUAUAUAUGUAUGCAAUAUACACAAGGAAAUACUUACUAUCAUGUAAAUUCAGUAGAGGCGUUCAUGAAGAUGACUUAAUACAAUUUCGGCUUGAACAGGUUGCAUAAUACAGAGAAUAUGGUAUGUCAUUUGUUUCGGCUAAUUGAAUUGGUGGAGCUUGUGUUGCUAAACGAUGUCCCUGAUUUUUGUGUCGUUGUAUAGUUGUUGAUUUUUGUGUUAAAGAUUAAAUAAGUCACUGGA